UUCAAGGCUUCGAUCUGGUUGGCGAUUGUUUUUUGGUUGUUUCCACGGCAGCGGUCGCCAUUGAUUUGGGUGCUCCUGGUUGUGGGUUUUCUCGGUAUAGGUGGCAGGGUUUGCCUCGUAUCUGUGAACCAUCGCGGCUCUCGCAUUUUAUUGUGGAUUUUGGGUUUUUGUGGGUUCGAUUGCUUUUUGAAGUUUCUGCGGGGAGUUUGUGGCAAGGAAGCCGAUUGGAUGGUCAGUGGUAUGCGGAGCGCGAGAGUGUCGUUUGUUCGUUUUGUUUUGUUUUGUUUUGUUUAAUUCUUCCUUCUUUUUUUUCCUUCAUUUUUUCCUUCAUUUUUUUUUUUUUUUAAAUUUUUUUCUGGCGGAGGGGUGAGUAGAGAUGAUGGCAAUUAGAAGGAACUUGGGUGUAUCGGAGCACGUUACCAUGUCCGGAGGUAGGCAGUAGCGCAGUUACUCGGGGCUAUUGUUUCCCUGACGCUGGAGCGAUAGAGGGAAGGAGAAGACAAGGGAGGAGUUCAGUGGUGAAAUUUGUGCAGAUUGGUAGUUGCAGUCGCGGUUUUACAGAUGGGGCAGGGAGACUGGCAUGUUGCGGAGGGGCUUGGGGUGGUGAAAGUGUUGGGCGCGAUGGCCAUCGCUGCUGCUGUGGUCGGGAUGGCUGGUCGGGUAGUGGGGCUGACCCCGCUGCCCGAAUUGGCAUUUGGGUUGUUUCCACAGAAUAACAAUAGGAAGAAAAAGAAGAAGGUGAGAGUUUACAUGGACGGGUGCUUCGAUAUGAUGCACUACGGGCAUGCCAAUGCGUUGCGCCAGGCUAGGGUUCUGGGCGACGAGCUUGUUGUGGGCGUAAUUAGCGACGAAGAAAUCAAAGCCAACAAGGGGCCUCCCGUCAUGUCGAUGGACGAAAGAGUGGUGAUGGUGAGCUCAGUGAAGUGGGUGGACGAAGUGAUUCAGGAUGCCCCUUACGAGAUCAAUGCGGAGUUCAUGAACAAGUUGUUCACUGAAUACAAAAUUGAUUACAUCAUUCAUGGUGAUGAUCCCUGUCUUCUUCCCGACGGGUCGGACGCGUAUGCACAUGCGAAGAAAGCAGGUCGUUACAAACAGAUCAAGCGAACAGAAGGAGUUUCAAGCACGGACAUCGUUGGAAGGAUGCUGUUGUGUGUUCGGGAUAGACCCACGAAUGAAUCUCCCGUGCACGCAUCAUUGCAACGACAAUUCAGUCACGGGCACGGCGGCAGUCCAGGCACUAGUGGUGGUGUUGGUACUCGUGUUUCGCAUUUCUUGCCGACUUCUCGGCGCAUAGUGCAGUUUUCGAACGGGAAAGGACCACGACCAGACGCACGAAUUGUGUACAUGGAUGGUGCCUUUGAUCUAUUCCAUGCUGGUCACGUGGAGACUCUGAAGGCUGCAAGAGCGAUGGGUGACUUUCUGCUAGUUGGCAUCCACAGCGAUCAAAUCGUCAGUGCGAAUCGCGGGCUAAAUCAUCCAAUCAUGCACUUGCAUGAGCGUAGCCUGAGCGUGUUGGCAUGUCGUUACGUAGACGAAGUUAUCAUUGGGGCACCAUGGGAAGUGACCAAAGACAUGAUAACAACCUUUAAUAUUUCGCUGGUUGUGCAUGGAAGUUGUGCGGAGGAGAACGAGUUGAGGAAUAGGGAGAUCGAUCCUUACAAAGCCGCCAAGGCUGCUGGAAUCUUUGCAGAAAUUAAGAGUCCUCGAAAUAUCACGACGUCUACCAUUAUCAGUCGCAUACUUACCAACCACGAAGCUUACAGGAAGCGGAACCAGAAGAAGGAGGAGAGUGAGAAACAAUAUUACCUAUCGAAAACGUAUGUGAACGGUGAUUAGUUUUUUGUUACAUUUCUUCUGGUCCUGUACGUUUCUAGUAGCAACUUCGUGAGCACGCGGGAGUUGGUUUAAGAGGUAGAGGAGUGUCGUUGCUUUAGAUGGGAACUGGUCUCCGAUUGCAGGAGUCUGCUUGUAUAUUGAUUAUUUGUUAAUUUGCUAUCCAAUUAUUGGGCCCAUAAUUCAUUGGAUGGGUUUAAUACACCUGUGUGUCUGUGAUAGUUGACAUUUGAAAAAGAGGCGAGCAGUUUUUCUUU